AUGUUCUGCUUAAGAGCAUGGGUCCUCACCCUCAUCUUCCUCACCAAUGCCGCACCAAUUUACAUCGCUCUCUUCCUGACCGCGACGUACCUUCUCCAGCGACCCUGCGUCUACUGCAGCAUCCUCCUCUUCGUCCUGGUGUUCUCGCUCUUCGAUUUCCAAGUAGACUGGUUUGAGCCUCGAUGGCGACCUUCUCAGGAGCAGCUCACCUCGGUGUCAGAGGCUUUGUCGGGGCUUAUUAGCGGUAAUGCGACGGUGACGGAUGCGAUUGUCGAGACAGCGAGCUUGGCGGUCUCUGCGAUCAAUGGCACGGGCGGCAGUAUCGCUAGCGCUGCUAUGGAAGGCGUCAAGAGACGGCUUAGUGGAGGCCACACAAGCCCAGCGACUACUGGCUUUGAGUGGCUAAGAGGUAUACUGGAGAAGAAACAGUUCCGGAUUCCGUGUGUGGAUGUCGUUGUACGGUUAUGA